AUGCCGAACAGGCAAAAUGGACCAAUCAGCGACAAUUCCAGCAGUCGCAGUCGCAGUCCGAUCCGUGGCACUGUUAGUUUUUUCGAUCCGCUUUCAUUAUUUCAGGGAACGAGAAUUGAUUCUCAACCAUUAUUUAAUGUACAAAACACGUUCUCUUUUUUUUUAUCGUGCCAAGACCCUUUUUUCGAUGGCUCAAGCCAGCCGUGAAUCAGCUAUACGUGGUUUUUUUUUCCAUAUAAUCCAGUCGCUGGUUCUUUGAUACGAUUUUUCAGGAUUUUUAUUCCAAUCAUGAAAAUAAGCUCCAUCGAUGUUUUUAAAAUUUAUUGAGUUUGAUAGUUUUAGUUUUAAAUAAUAGUCUUCUUUCGGGCAGAAAAAACUAAAAAAUUAAAAUUAAAAUCUGCGAAAUUGCUUGGAUGUGAAGCGAACGAAAGAGUUAUAGUCAAUCUAUCCGGACUUGAAAGGCGAGGGAGGCGGGGCAGGGGGCGGGACUCGUUGAGUAUGCGUACGGGGUUCUUGGCUCAAGUCCAAUCCUAGCGCCACCAACUAUUUAAUAAUCCAUUUACUAUUUUUUUAUGCACAAACGAGCAAAAAUCAAUAAAGAGUUUGAGCAUUCAUGAAAAAAAGCGAUAAACGAGCUCUCCAAAUAGUCCCUGUCGGUUGAAUUGAACUCGUGCCAAGAACCGCGUACGCACACGCUACGCGUCCCGCCCCUGCUCCGCCUCCUUCGCCUUUCAAGUCGGGAAAAAUUGACUAUAUAUCUAAAAACUCUAUUUUCUGAAAAAAGUCAAAGAAUCAGGAAACGACCACCUUAUGAAUAUCCUGGAAACGGAGAGCCCAUGCCACAAAAAAAUUCAUUUUUACAGCCGCCACCGUCGUACAGCAUAGUUCUGAGGGAAGAUCAAGCCGAAGGAGUAAGUUUUUCUUUUUCGAAAUGAACUCACCCUUAGCUUUUUAUGAGAGAGAGAGAAAGAGCCAACUCAGCAACUUCAGAGUGGUCCCUACAGGGACAACCUUAAGGGCCCUUCUUGGGACCACUUUACCAACCCCUAUAGGGGCCGCUCAAGCUUGAGAAAGUGGUCCCUAUAGGGUGCAUGCUAGUCGAUAGUUGUUAUGAACUCUAAGCGUUUUUAGCAUUUACUCCAUGGGAAAAAAUAAAUAAGUGUUUUUUGUAUAAAAUUGAAAAACCCCUAUAGGGUUCACUUGAGCUUUAGGGGCUAAAAGAUCAGACCCUAAAUCUUUAUAAGAACAACCUUAAGUUUAUUUCUGUAGGGGUCACUUUUCGGCUCCUAUAGGGGUUGUUCUCCUUCUAACCCCUAUAGGGGCCACUCUUUGAAAAUGCGAACGAUACAUUUAUUCAAAAAAUCGUCGAACAAUAUUCUAAACGGGGUUGAUUCCAAAGAUUUAAAAAAUUAUUUCAUUUUUUUAUUGACCUCCCUCUAACUUGGCUGCAUUACAGAUCAGAAGAUUCUUGAGCGGUGGCGAAGAAGAUCAGACGGCGCCGCUGUACUCGGUGACCAUGGUGCCCGGCUGGUUCGGGGUCGCAGUAAGUCAUUUGAUCCGGUCGAAAUUAUUUUUCGAUUAAUCAUCCAGUAUGGCCUUUAUGAUGAGAAAAAAGUGGUAUGAAAAAUAAAGCCAGCGAAUUUUCGAACGGCGACUUUUCCGAUUUUUUCGUAUCGCAAGGGAACUUUCCGACUUUUUCUCCCUUAUAUUUUUUUCGGUUUAUAAAACAUCUAUUGAUAUUUUUUUCCCAUUUCUUUGGGUUUAAAACAUGAAUAACUUGCCUACUUUAUAGAGGAAAAAAAGAAGAGUUUAUCGAGAAAAAAAGUCGGAAAAAAAGAUUCGUCGAAAAGGUGGCCGUCGGAAAGUUCCCUAGCGAUAUAAAAAAAUCGGAAAAGUCGCCGUUGGAAUUUUAGCUGUCCUUUUUUUUCAUACCACCAAGAAAAAAGAUCCAAAAGCCUCAAAAAAUGCCUAAAAAUCUUCUGAAAAGUGUCUUUUUCAACUUUUUGUUCAAAAAAACUUCACUGGAAAAAAGCAAAAGCUCAUAUUCAAUGGACACCUGAUCUAUUGAGAGAAAAUGAGCCAUAAAAAGUUACGCGAUCAAAUUUAGCCAAAACGUUUUCAGUCCUUAAAAUUUUCAAAAGUGAGUUUUUUUGGAAGUCGCCGAGAAAAGAGAAGGAUUUCGUACUAAUCAAUAUGUUAUCGAGGUCCUUACAAGAAAGGCCAUUUCCCUUUGCGGUUGGGAUUUCCCUGAAAAUAGGCCAGAACACUUCCUGAUGUACCAGAAGAAGAUUCCGAAAGCCUCAAACUGCACAACUUUAUACUUUUCGAGAAAAGACGCUCAAAAUUCAUUGAAAUGAGCUGUUUUGGGACUUUAGACUUAUAUUUCUUGAGAACUAGGAUUUUGUACAAGUUGAGAACUUCAGAAUCUUCUUCUGGUACAUCAAGGAGAGGUCUGGCCAACUUUCAGGAAGUUCCCAAAGUGAAAUGACCUUCCCUGUUAGGAAUAUUAGGAGCUUCAGAAAAUUAUUUUAAAAUCGGGCUCAAGAAGUUUAUUUCAAUAAAAUCGAUGGUCAUUCGAAAACUUAUAGUAAGAGCCCAAAAAAACUCACGAAACUGGAUUUUUUUAUAAAAAAAAUUAUUAUUUCUUUCACAGCACCUCGUUUUGCGACAACACGUCCCCAGAGCCGAAGCCCAAGAAGAGGUUCGUUUUUGGUCUGGUAAUUUUUCGAAAUAAGUGUUUCACAAAAAGCCCCAAGAAGUUUGCUCUUUCAAUAUCUUUUUCGAAAAAAAUUGAUAAUAAUUUUUUUGAAAAUAAAAAAAUUUUUCUGCCUGAAGGUGCGAUAAGGAUAAAAAGACUGCUGGAUUUUUUUAGACUUUUUUUAUUGAAUGUAUUUUUUUGUGAAGUGCUUGUGAAAAAAAUUGGGCUAAUGGUUUUUUUUAAAGCAUUUUAUUGUCGUACCAAAUUCAUAGGCAAAGUCGGAAAGUAUGGAAAAAAAGGGGACAUAGAAAUUUUCCUUUUAGAGUGACAAAGGGUCUCUUUUUGCGCCAUUUUCUCGGCUCUUAUGCACCAUUUUUGCUGCCUCUCCCUUUCUCAACCAUUAAUCGAGCCUUUAGAAUCCCAGAAAAAUGGAAGGCUCGAGAAAGGGACUCUCUUUGCUGUCAUUCUGCGGCCUUUUUGUUGCCCUUUUGCUGCCUUUUUGCGGCCUUGAUGCGGCCUUUUUGUUGCCUUUUUGCCCCUUUCUGCGACCUUUUUCUCUUUUACCGGCCAUUAUCCGCCAUUCCGACUUUGCCCGAGUUCAGUCCGACUCCACUAAAAUGAUACUCUGCGUUUUUAUUUUCCUGUAUGAAAACCGACCUUUUCAGAAAAGAAUUCGAAAAAAAAAUCAUGCGAAAAUCUUCUUAGAUUCGAAAUUUUGGAAAAAUAUUGCACUCUUUCAAACUCAAUUUCGACUUUUUCAUGUUCCAAUAGAAAUAAGUUAACAGACAAAAGAUUAAAAUUCCAAUUUUUCUGAACAGGAAUGAAGCAAAAAGACAAGAUAAUCAUAUCUUAUUAUAUGCCUGUAUUUCAGACCCUCGUGGUCAACGACACGCGGCGCACCGAGAAUUUGGAGGUGAAGGAGCCAGAGGAAGGAGAAGAGUCCCCGAGAUCGGGCUCUUCUUCUUCGGAAAGCCGCCAAGUUUGUUUUUUGGCCCUAUUCCAGUAUUUUCGAACUUGAAAUCGUCCUGCUCUUGUCGCUUUGGAUGAGACAUUUGAGGGGAAAAAGCCUUAAAGUUCACUUUAUAACGAAAAUCUUUGAAUUAGUUUUCCAGAAGUACUUCCCAUUUCUCCCUUUUUUUCAUGCCCCCCCGUGAGCAAAUUCUGGAAAAAUGAGUCGGGUAUAAACGAAAAUAGAAGCACUAUUGCAGAAAAAAAGGCUAGAGCUGGACAUAUUUCAUGACGUUCAACUAUAAUUCAUGGAUUUUUCUUCAAAAUUGAAUGUUUUAGUCCCUAAAAUUGAAUUUUGAAGAGGAUUCCCAUUUUGAAAAUUUUGUGAUUCCGAAAAAAUUGACAAGGAGAUCAUUUUACUCGGCGAUUGGGAAUUUCUCAAAUUACCCCCUUUAAGUACCAAAUUAAGGUCUUUAUCUGCACAAUUUCUUAUCAAGAAAUAAGUCUAGAGCCUCCAAAAAUGGCCUUUUUGAAAGAUUUUCAAGGUUUCCUUCAAUUUUGAGCCCUCAUUUCUCAAAAACUGGGAAUUUGUGUACCUUGAGGCUUUCAGAUUCCUUUUUUGGUUCUCUAAGGAAGGUACCAAGAAAUUUCCAGGAAAUUCCGAAUCGCAAUGUGAAAAUACCUUCCUUACUCUUCUCGCCGGAAUUUCAAAGUAGCAUUGAGAAGAAGAUUUAAAAAAAUUGGGAAAAUAUUUUUUUUCUUACUAAUAAACCUUUUUAAGGAAGAAAACCUCACGGUCGUCCUUGACGACAGCGAGGAGGGUGAAGGAGAAAAAGGCGAAGAGGUCGGUUUCUUUCUUUCCUUCUUGAGUGAGAUCAGCCAGCUCAAUGAAAGUUAGAAAAAUUCUUCCUGAUUUUGAUUGAAUAUUUUUCUUCUUUUUCGAGAAUAAAAUCAAAUAAUGUAUGAACUCCUUGCUGGACUUCAUAUAAAGUGUUCGAUUUUUCAGACUAAUGAACUUAAAAAAAUUGUAGCCUUUCCAAAAUUCUGUUAAUACCAUUUACGAAAAAAAUACGUACAAUAUGGUACUCAAUGGAAUCAUGGAAGACCGAUUCGUGGUCACAACGUGAAAUUUCACCGAACGACAUUCCGCUGUUCCGCUGCGUGCGGUCGCGAAGCGUCUUCGCGAAUCGCGGUUCGGUGAAAAACAUUGCUGGUGGAUAGACUGUUCCAUUGGGAACACGUAAAAGACCAGUUUUAAAGUUUUAAAAAAAUGGAAUGCGCGACCGCGAUUUGCAAAGGCAAAGACGCUUCGCGACCGCGCGCACCGGAAAAGCGGAAUAUCGUUCGAUUUAAUGUUUCAUGUCGUGGCACACAGGCUACACCAGUUUGAAGCCAGAUUUCCGAAGAUGUUGAAAAUUAAAACUUAGUUAUAGUCUGUUCAGGUUUUGAAUGUCAAGUAGUAUGACGUCAUUCGAAAACGCUCUGUGGAUGGCUCGCUCUUUGAUUGGUUUAUCGCACCAUUAGGGGCGGAGCUUGAGCGACGACUUGACAUUCAAAAUCUGAACAGACUAUAAAACAGAGACAAGUUCUAAUAAAAUGAGACGUUUAAAAAAAAAGGGACAAGUUCUAAUAAAUGGAGAUAAAUUACUUGAAGGCUGAAAACUCGGUGAAGUAAAGCUCAAAAAUAUCUCUUUCCUGUACCGAUUUCUUGUGAAACCAUCUUAAAACUCAAAAUUACAGGAUGCGACCAGCUCAACGAGCCCCGUCACACCAAGAAAGAGGCACGCCUCAGAAAGCCGCUCGCUCAUCCCGUCGAAGGUUUUUUUUUGUCGAAAACAACAAACACGGCGUUUUUGUUAGUGGAAGAAGAUGCUUAAUUAAAAAAAAAGCGUGAUCAAAACUUCCGCCGUUCCCAUGUGACGUCAUGACAAAAACGUGUAAAAAACAGGGAGGGUCAUGAGACAAAUCUAUUUAUAAUUUUUAAAAAAACGCGAUUUUUCUGUUAUUUUAAACACAUGCUGUAUUGAAAGCAAUUCCGCGAAUUUCAAAAUAGCCACCAGAAUGUGAAAAUUAUAACUGAAUUUUAGUUCGCGAACGCGGCGUGUGUCAGAGCGCCGCAGUGCAUGCACACGACACACUAUACUUUACGGAAAAAAAUGGGCGGGGCGUCGCCAAAAAAACGCCGUGUCUUUUAAAAAAAGUAUUAAUAAUAAUCUUCAUCGAUAUUGAGCUCGUUGCUCUUUAAAAUCAAAGAAGAAUCUGGCAAAUUUCAUAGAUUUUAUAUUUUCUAUGAACUCGAAAACGAAAAUAGAAAUUGAAGAGAUUGAUUGGGAUUUUCUCUAUCCGAAGAUCACCUCGAUAUUUCUCGUACUUUAACAAAAUUGAAAACCAAUGUAUUACAAUGGAAAUAAAUGAAAUUCAGAGGCGCCUACCUGGCCCACAAGGGGCAGCCCAAAAAAGAGAGGGCCAACAUUUGGAAGAAGAGCCUGCUCUCCAGAGACGUCGCUCCGCUUCCGUUGAUGUUGGUUUUUCUUCCUUUCACUUGAAAUUACUGUAUAUUUGGAACGAAUUUUGCACGAAUUCAAUCUUAAAGCCUUCUGAAAGCUUGAGAAAGGUCAAGUGGAGCAAACGCAAGACUUCCUUUUUUUUUCGCGAAGAAAAGGCGAAGUAGGGACGAGCCCAUAGGCAAGGUCGGAAAGGUUGGAAAAAGGCUGCUUUUUUGCUGCCUUUUUGCGCCAUUUCAUCGGCUUUUAUGCACCAUUUUUGCUGCCUCUCACUUUUUCCACCAUUUCUUGAGCCUUCAAAAUCCUAGAAAAAAUGGCAGGCUCGAUAAAGGGACUCUUUUUGAUGCCUUUCUGUAGCCUUUUUUAUCCCUCUUCCUUUUAACGUUCAUUAUCGAGCCUUUGCUGUUCGAAUUCGGUUUCUGAACGUGUUAAUUCAGGCCGAAGCCCAAGAAGAUGAGGUCGUCGAGGCCAGAAGAGACGAUCCCGAAGGCGAAUUCGCAGAUUUGAUUGCGAAGAACGAUGCGAUUGAAACCUUGACGGUUAGUCUUAUGAAGACUUUCGGACUAGUUAUUGGGCUUCAUUUUACUGUUGGAAGGAUCUAUUAGAAAAAGAGCAACUUGUAUAGGAAAAUUUCGGUAAAUUUCAAAUCGAGUUCGUAAAUACUGGAACCUGAAAGGAAAAAAUCAGAUAUAAAGUUGAAUCUAAAACAAAUGAAAUCCAUAAAAUUCAAUUUGACAGAAAAUUUACCUGAAACUGAGAUAAUAAUUUUUUAUUUCCGCUGUUUUCACGUUUGCUUUCGAGGGAAAUAAAGCGUAGUGGUCAGAAUUUUUCGCCGCAGUUUGAACUUUUCGGAAUUUUGCAAAAGAAGAAGAGAAUAGGCUUUUCCCGAAUCGGUUAGUCUUCGGAUUCCUUUUGUCUCUUAACGUCUCGGAUGGACUUAUGGACUUUUUCACUAGGAACACGUGUUGGUCGAGUUCUUGAAUAAAAUGAGAAAUUAAAGAGCCACAAAGGCACGCAGCGGAACAGCGGAAUGUGGUUCGGUGAAAUUCCAAGUCGUGGUACACAUACUAUAAUGUAGUUCUCUAUAUUUGCACUUACUAGUUAGGAAAAUCUUCUUGUCUUGCAGAAUAGAGAAAGUCUUUGUAAAUUGAUUUAUUUUUUUCAGGAAAAAAAUAUAUAUUGGUUUUAGGACGUCUCUUCGGAUUAUUUGUACCCCGAGAGGGAGCAGCUCGCCGUUUUCAGGGCAGCCUGCAGAUCUCCGAACCCAGCACCCGUUAGUCUUUCGACUUUUUUUAUUUUUUCAUUUUUCUACAUUGAAUUUAAAGUUUUUUUGCUUGAAAGAUCAAAUAAAAUUGAAAAAAGGUUCUCGAAUAUUUUCAAAGUAUAGUCGGAAAAAAAGAUCUUGAUAUUUUUGCCUAAAAGUGCUAAAGAGACCGGAAAAUCAUCGAUCGUUAUGCGAUGAUUUUCUAAAUAUCCGCUGCCAGCGUGAUUCUUUUAAGAAACUAGUAUCAAUAGAGAUUUCUGAGCUUAUCUCUGAAAUAGACCGGCAUACAUAAAAGUCGGCUUAGGCAGACUUUUUCAGAUAUGAAAAUUAAGGGAAAAGAAUCAGGAAAAAAAAAGGAGAGAUUUAGCAAAAACUACUUGCCUACUUGUUUUCAAUGUAUUUUUUAAGGGGGAAAAGGAAGAUGAGCAGGAAUCCGACGAGAUCGUUCCUGAAACGGACUACGAAGCCGAUCAAGGGGAAGUCGUCGUACCGGCACCUGUGAGACUUUUUUUUUUGUUGAUAUAACGAGAACUGAAUAAAAAGUGAGGGGUUCUCCAAGAACCAGUUGAAUACGGAAUGGUCAAAAAAAAAGUAUAUAAACUUGUUUUAAUUCAGGAGAAAAAGCGCGUUUUUUGUGAUUUUCUGCCUGUACAGUAGUGGCCAUAAUAUCGAGGUGGUGAGGGUUUGAUUACGUUUUUUGGAAAGCCGACGACUUGUUUUACAAGAGAAAAAAGUUUGAGGUUGAAAUUCGAAGUUACUUGGGAAAUAUGAUUUUUCAAACCUCAACAGAAAAGUUCUCAGUUUUUUGCUCAUAACUUUAGUCUGGCUCGAGCAAAUGAGUUCUGCUUGCAAAAUUAAGUUAUUGCAGAGCUUUUUAAAAUGUGUGCAAAGUUUCAAGACAUUUGAAGAAGCUGAAAAAAUUUUAUUGAAAAAAACCUUGGGUUAAUGCGCUUGCUCACGUGCAAAACAUUAUUCUCAUGAAAUGGAUUUGAUGUAAAAUCAUAUGUUUGGAUUUACUAGAAAACAUUUUUUUACCCCCCACCGGUUGAAUUUUUUUGAUGAAACUUCUCUGAAAUACACUCUCGGACCUCCUGAUUGCAAAACAAGAAAAAAAAUUUCCUCGAUAGAUCUCGUUUUGGAGUUAUGAACCUUCAAAGCCCGCAAAAUAUGCAAAUUAGGCCAAAAAUGCGCUUUUUCAAGCUUUUGAAGCGUCCUAACUCGAAAACAAGAUCUAUUGCGAAGAAUUUUUUCUUUUUUCUGCAAUGAGGAGAUGCCAAAGUACACUUCAGCAAAGUUUCAUCAAAAGUUCAGCGGGAGAGGGUAACGAAACAGGGCGAAAAUUAGCUGAUCAGUUUCUGAUUUCUCAAUGGAAAUUUUUCAGUCGAACGUGCGGAGAGAGGGAGAGUGUAUGGAAGAUGAAGAUGGCGAUCGUCGGGAAGGAGGUGCAGAUCGCGUUGAGAGCCCGUCGAGAUCCGGCUCAAGUACAUCGCCGGUAAUUUUUUUUCAGUUCAAAUCAAUUUUCAUUUCUCUCAUCUGAGGAGAAAAUACUGCUAUAUUUACGUCAAACACUCAGUCAGAAUCCUCUGAAUCUUCCCUCUUUUCAAGCUUUCUCAUGAUACUCAAAGUGUAGAUCAGAUAUAGCUGAUUCAUGGCUAGCUUGGAACGCUAAAAGGGCCUGUCUGCGCUCUCCACGAACCAGGCACUCUCUCGAGCAGUAUCGUGCCAGGACCCUUUUUUCGAUGGCUCAAGCCAGCCGUGAAUCAGUUAUUACUUUGAAGAUACCGAGUAUUUCUCCAAGACAUUUCGGUGCAAAUCAGGAUUUUCUUUUAAUUCUAAACAUUCAGUAUAAUCUAGUAGAACUCAAUCUUUUCAAAAAAAAAAAUCACCUCACCCGAUUUGGAAACAGUUUGAAAAUAGAAGACCUGAAACAUGACGAAAAAACUAAAUAAAAAUUUCCGAAUUGCAAUAAACUUUUUUUUUCUUUAAUUUCGCUGAAGUUGUAAAUUUUUAGUGAAAAUUUUCGUAGUGUAGAUUUUUCCAGAAUGAGGAUCAAUAAAUAGUGAAUAAAGAAAAAAAAUAGUGAAAAAUUUUCCACCGCAUGCCAAGGUUAUUUCUGUAAAAUUCGAUCUUUAUACUAAGAUGGACCCUUUUAACAAGUUUCGAAAGCUCUUGCGAAUUUUUAAUGUUGAAUUUUAAGGAUGAAGACGAGUCGGCAGAGGGCGACUCAGAAGACUCGGAGGACGACGAUGAGCCAGCCGUCCCGUCAGCUGCCGCAGUUGGGCCGCCACCAAGUCCGGCGUCCGCUGCAGCGGCUCAGGCCCAAGCUGGAGCAGUCCCAGCGCCACCAACAUUGGCUGCUGCUCCAGCUCCGGGGCCGACGGGUCGUCGCGGGCCGCGUCAAGUAAUUUUUUUCGUCAUUUCUACUCAAAUCGAUUCAUUAGAAACCAAAGUUCAUUUUUUGGAUAACCAGUGAAAACCUGCAAAUAAUUACUGAGAGUCAGUUUUUGUUGAAGUCUGUAGCUUUUGCUGGGCAGGUGUCCGUAGAGCGCUUUUUCGGAGCAAAAUUCCGGUUUUUCUUACUCUGGAGUGUAGAAUCUUAACUUGCAAAUCUCUUGAUAUCAGCUCAAAAGAAAGCCUUUUUUGAUUUAUUCGCUUUUAAUGAAAGUAGAAUAAACGAGCUUUCAGCCUCGCGCCUGAAUCCAUGGCCCGGCUCAAAGGGCGUCCCGGCGGGCUCGCCGACUUCCGGUCCCAGCCAAAGUCGGCCAGAAGGUCCCGGACUUCCGCCGGAAAACGCCCGAGCAAAUGCUCGCCGACGUCAGGGCGGAACUUCUCCGCCGUGUCUCUGGGGGGAUGGAUGGCGAGCAGUUGAAGCUCACCGAUAUACUCGGUUCAGCCAUCCAGACCCUCAAGAACAUGGUCAAGGGCAAGCCGUACACACCGGCCCAAAUGGAGAAGCUCCGUAAGAAGAUCCGACGUGGAUAUUGA